ACUGCGCAAUUGGCCACAAAAUGAUGGCGGGUGCGAGAUGCCCGUGUCUGGUCCACUGCGGUACCCCCAAAACGGAUUUAUGAUCACAAAAACAGGAUCAGGAGCUCCAUGCAUUAUCUCUGGGGUGAAGGAGCACCUCAGAAUUCCUCGAAAUGCUGUUUUGUUUUGGACUUUUUGCUCUACUGUUAUACAACACAGUCGUGGCAAAUGCAGUGUGUAGUUUCACCUAUUCUAGGAAGGACCGGAUACAGGCACUGUCAUUGGAAUAUCAGCACAAAGGCUACGUCAAGUGUAUAUACACCAUACAAGCACCCGUCAACACAUACAUAGAACUCAAUUUCACCGAUCUCAUUGGCUUCCAGCCACAUUUUGGUCCUGCAAGCUCAACGGACCCUAAUUUUCAUUUACCCAAUUCCCAAUCAUCAGCAUCAACGUUGUCGUCGUCCUCGUCACCGCUGACAUCAUCUUCAUCAUCAUUUCCUGUGUCUGCUAAAGCAGAACAUUGCUUGCCUCCCGAACUUGUUAUAAGCUUAUCAACUGGUCAUAAAAGCCAUACUAAGACUUUUAGAUUUUGUAAAACAAACAAUUUCAAAACGCCUCGAGUCUUUCAUUUCAAUGCCAACUCCCUGCAGAUAGUUUAUAUUUGGGAGGAAAACGUUCACAGUGGAUUUUCAUUGGAUAUAGACUUUCAUCAACGCAACAAUAAAUGCGUAUUUUACUGUGCUGAUUUGACAUGUUUGACGUCGGAGAAACUCCUUUGUGACAAAGUCUACCACUGUGCAGACCGGUCCGAUGAGUCCAACUGUCCAAGCCUGCCCCUUCAAUCUGACGGUGCUUAUCAGUCUGUGACCACAGUAGUCGUGAUUGUGCUGUUUGUGGUGUUGAUGCCGGUGCUGGCCGUGUUUAUAUGCGUUGUGAGCCCUUGCAGAUCUACGUCUCGUAUGUGGCGUCGCUGGAGGACCCGAGAUCGAGGUGUGGACCAUCGUCAGUUACGGCCAGACUCUCAAGGAUCAGAGGUUGUAUUCAUCCCGCCUACCACAUCAUCCCCUAGUUCUACCACCACGCCAGCCCACCUGGAGCAACAAAUUGCCCUGAUGAGGGAACGCCACACACUGCUACAGUCGGCGCGCACAGGUAUGGAGAUAGGCUUGCCCCCCUCGGUACACAUUUCCCAGGAUGGCGAGGAGGGUUAUGCCGAGAGCCAGAAACAGCUGGCUCAUCACUCCAAGCAGGAGAUCUAUCAGCAGUGCUUCAGACCUCCGCCCAACAAAACAGUGUAUGACAAGGAUAGUCCCCCGCCGUACUACGCUGUGAAGGGCCUCGGCCCACCUUCCCAGGGCGUAGCCCCCGGGGCACUGGUACAAGACUCAAAUGGCUGUUCCAUGAUGGUGCAGUGUUUCAAUUUGUCAAACAACAAUGAACACCACAGUGAAGGCUGCCUGCGACAGCCAUAUCAGUGUAGGACUAGUGGCCGUGGAAGUGGUACUCCCAAUGUUGGAGGUGCUCCACCUGUGCAUGUUACACAUGAUAGUUCAACAGACCUUGGACGGCAUAGUGCGUCUGGGCUUGACCGACCGCCGGACUACAGUGCGGUGCUAGCAUCUAGGACAAAUGUAUGUAGUAACAAUAACAAAUCCCCUGCGGGCGGACAUGUCUGAUAGCGACCAUGCUGGUGACAUCUAGAGGAAAAGAGGUGCGGUCAAGGUUAUGGAUGUAGGUCAAAGGUCAUAUGGAUAAAGCCAGCUGUGAUACAGAUUUUGGGGACGUGAAUUACAACAUCAUCUAAUUAAUGCUUUUACUUUGUAUUGUGAGAUAAAAAAAAAAACGACAAAAAUACAAAAAAAAAAACAAUAAAAAACCAAAAACUGAUUGAUUCCUCUGCGAGAGCUACACAAUAUUACGGUCACUGAUUUGUAUUGUAAACAAGUUAUGUUCCUCAUUUUACGAGGUAAAACAUUUGUGCAGACUCCGUUUUAAUCCCCACCCCCCACAUUUAUGGAGAAUGUCUUUGUGCUCAAGGUACAAGUUGUUAUAGUGAUGGGUAGGCACCCUAGGUGCUGCGUAUUUCCAUUUUCUGUUGUACAACCUGAUCGUCCGGCUACAUGCACAGCGAGCGUCAAGGUGUGACGUUUAUGUACAGUUGCGCUAGUGAUCCUUAAUAGGCACACCCAGUCUGUUAAACAGCCUUAUACUUCUAUAUAAACAUCAGUGUAUGUUUGUCUGCCUGUCCAUCACUGGAGGACCACGAUGUCUCCCACGCUCAAGCAGCCCAGCGAUCAAGAUCACACGGUGUGGACUAUGUGCUUGUAUCUGGAGCGGCGGGAGUUCAACACUUGUGUAAGGUGUAUGUACUGAAUCCAGAGUCAAAGCUGGCUAAAUAUCAUCCUCAUGCUUGUGUUUUUAAGAAGAAGCUUUUUUUGUCCAAUUUUACAGAUAUGACGGUUAACUUGUUGACUAUGUAGCGUUUGAGAUGUAGGUCGGUGAUCACGACAGUGCCGCCCCUCACAGGUCCUGGUGCAGUAUAUAUACAAUGUAUACUAUGUUUUUGAUUUUUGGAAAAGUUUUUUAUUCAUGAAACAUGAAUCUCUUUUUUUUCUGCCUCUUUCUUACUGUCCUGUUUUUCUGUCCUCUCUGUACACCAGAUACCUAUUACAGUUUGUCAAUUCAAAAAUAUCAACCAAGGGUUCAUAUCUGUUAUCGAGAAAUGUUUGAAAAAUAAUGCAAUAUGUUUUAGAAAAAAAAUUUGACUUGUGUUCCAAAAAUCAUAACUUGCAGCAAAUUAAGAUAUGGAAAUAUGGUAUGGUACUGUUUAUUAUGGACUAGGAAUAUCAGAAAAGAAGUUUUAGCAUUAGAAGACCAAAAUGGAUAGAUUAUAAAUACACCGGUACACCUAAGGAUAAAAGCCAAAUUGUUAUGUACAUUUUUAUUAACAGUUUACUUUAUGCCCGAUACACUGAUUUGUUGAUUGGAUUCUAACUUUAUUUAUUAGCCCGGAAUUUAAAAAUAUCAGAAUAAGAAACCUUUACACAUAUUACACAGAGUAGAAAAUGUUCAAGGUGCAAUAUUGUUGACUAAAUUAUGAGAGCUACAGAGAGAGUGAGAGAAGAGAGAAAGAGAGGGGUACAGAGAGAGAGAGAGAGAGAGAGAGAGAGAGAGAGAGAGAGAAAUCCCUCUUAAUAUGCAAUAUCUUUCUUAACUAGAAAAGGAUUAUCCUACACCAGUAUUUAUUUUCACUGAUCAAAUUAUCAAGACGUUAGAUUGACUUUGGAAUUGUCCAAAUGUCAUUAUAUUGGGCUCUAUAAGUGAAACCCUAUAGGUAUGACCUUCAACAUAUUCCUGGCUUAAUAUCACUUACUGGUUAUUCAGGGCAGCAACUGAUGCUGAACAAGUUUUACGUUUUACACUGAAUAAUUUAAAAACUGAAAAUUGAAAAAUGUUCUCUAUAGAAUUUUCUUUUCGAUUAUUUAUGUUUCAGCUACUGUUAAGUUAAUACAUUGAGAGAUGAUUCAUUGAGAAGUGGAAACCCAUUUACUGAAAUUAUACUUUUUAUCAUUACAAUCUUAGAUCCUUCCAAGUAUGGCGCUAUAUGUAAUAGUUGAUUAAAUUUAGUUAUUCAUAAACUUUACACACAAAAAAAAAACUGCAAAUAGAUGAAUGGGCGUUGUAGUACAUCACAACCAGUGUUUGGUUUAAGCAUGAAGUUUCAGUGACUAAACUCUGUCACCCAAAUUCUUUGGUGACUAACUCUGUCGCCCAAUUCUUCAGUGACUAUAAACUCUGUCACCCAAAUCCCUCAGUGACUACACUCCGUCAUCCAAAUUCUUUGGUGACUAAUUUUAAACUCUGUCACCCAAAUCCUUCGGUGACUAAACUCUGUCACCCAAAUUCUUCAUUGACUACACUCUGUCACCCGAAUUCAACACUUGUUGUGAUGCACCAGAGUCCGUUCAUAUUCACACCUACCAACCUAAAGAACAUGUUUCAUAACUACAAAUGCAAAUUGAGUAAAGAAAUUUUUAAUGAUAGAAAAAUUACUUCUGUACAAGUCUUUCAGUUUAAAGUGUUAAUGGCUGAGUUAGAAAUGUAUGAUAACGUUAGAAUGUUGUUGUCUUAUAUAUUAUACGUGCUGGUUAAUUUUACCGAGGUAUACCUAGCUUAAUUACCAUUAGGGCAUUCACACAGCUACAGUAGUUAACAUUCCGAACACAGAUGUACACAAAAUACUGAAAAAUGGCCGAUUCCCCCUUUAUACCAAGUAAUGUUGGUCCUGUGUCUGUAAAGUCUAUGUUAUUAACGAGGAAAAUAUAUACCGGGGAGUUUGUCCAGUUUUCAGGAAAACAACUCUCUAGGUGAAUAAGUGAAUUAAAAUUACCUUAUAUUGUUUCAUUUUCACCGUCAUUAUCGUAAUUAAAGAGAUAUUGGAGUACUGAUGUUUAUUCUAUUACACAUUAUAUAGUUAUAUAAUUAA